AGACUUGGUUUGAAUGUAUUGGUGAAUAAAACUGGUAAAGUCCACAUUUGCAUUGCAAUCUUUUCCUUACUAAGGGUAAUAUAAUAAUUUAUUAGCUUUAAAAUAUUAAUAAUAAUACAAAUUCUUGAUAACAUUCUAACAAAGAACAUGUAUUUAUAGAUCAAUUAAAUUUUUGUAAUUAUUAUUUCAUUUUUAUGUAUUUAAAUAAAUACAAUAGCUGCCACCUUUCCCACGUUCUGUAAUGAUUUUUUUCCUCUAAUGACAUUGUUUUACGUUUUGGCAUCUAUUAAGUUCAUAAAGUUUAUUUAAUUUUCUAUAAAUUCAGUUUACAUUUCUUUGGCCUUACUGACAGAAAAAUAAUAUCAAGAAACUUACACACAUAUUUUGAAUUAAAAUAAAAAGCUUUUAUUACAACAUGGAACUAAUAUAAUAACACGUUUAUUUAUUUAUUGUCAUGUUAACUACACCUAUAGGAGGCGCUCUUGUUACAGCGUUAAGUUGAGGCUUUUCCUCCACACGCACACUCGCACCGUGCGUGUAGGCGCCCAAAACCUCCCGGCACAGUGAUUGUUACUAGAAAACAAUGGCGGCGCGCUCACAUCUCCAAACAAGCCUGCAUCGUGCGCGUGCACACGGAGCGUUUCUAGUGGUAAAACAAUAAACACUGAGGCGCUUGCCCAUAACGGCCUGUGCGCUUUAUUGAACGCACGCCUCACACACACACUAUGAAGUGGUAGUGCGCUUUUACGCACAAACUCAGGGUGGUUUACUCAUUCAAUGCGCGCAUGUACGUGCGUGAGAAAGGCCACAGUCGCAUAGUGGGAAUUUCGUGAGCGUGCACGCGCGUAAAUACCAAAACGCGGACUGAUUACUGCGCGCGUGGAAAGAAAAGAUGAAAGGUUUCUGUUGCUGGAGACUGUAAAGGUCGACUGCGCGUGAGCUCGGAGAAACGGAGACUGAGGGAAGAAGCGCGCAGAGGAUUUGUCAACAAAGAAGCUCCUCCUCUCUGUGACGCAGCCCACGAUUCGGAACCUCCUUAAUUACUAAUUUCUCUACAUUCAAGCCGCGAUUGCUCCCUCCUCCCCCCUCUCUCUCCCCACUCCCUCCAUCCACGCUCCUCUCAUCCUGACCCUCCUUUCUCUCGGUGUCUUUCGUUUCCAGCCCGGAUAACGGAGGCGGACGAGGUUGGAGUAACUGUAAAUACUAUUUUUUUCCUUAUUAUUAUUUAUUCUCCGGGGAUUCUUUUUCUUUUCUUUUUUUCUUUCUUUCUGGCCACCGGGCAUGGAAGAUGUAAAGGACCCGCCGACCGUCCACCGGUCCUCCUCCUUCAGCAUCAAGAGCCUCCUGCUGCCCUCCAAGUGCGACCGCUCGGACUCGGUCUCCGCCGCCACAAUCGUCCCGGUGAACCUCUGUCCGUCCCCGGAAUCAGACUCCGACAAGUCGCUGGAGCCGGCAGAGGUGGACUCUACCGCCGCGGCUCUAGAGCCCGACAAAGUGGAGAAGGAGGAUCAGGGGCUCGAAGAGGAGGAGGACGGAGGGGGAGGCGGCGGAGGAGGGGACGACUCCAAGGCAGCAACGGAGCAGAACGGCAACGGCGGCAGCAACGGGAAAAACGGGAAGUACGACAAGCCGCCUUUCAGCUACAACGCCCUGAUCAUGAUGGCCAUCCGGCAGAGCCCCGAGAAGCGGCUCACGCUCAACGGCAUCUACGAGUUCAUCAUGAAGAACUUCCCGUACUACCGGGAGCACAAGCAGGGCUGGCAGAACUCCAUCCGGCACAACCUCAGCCUGAAUAAGUGCUUCGUGAAGGUCCCCCGGCACUACGACGACCCCGGGAAGGGCAACUAUUGGAUGCUGGACCCGAGCAGUGAUGAUGUUUUCAUCGGAGGGACCACUGGGAAGCUCCGCCGGCGCUCCGCCACCUCCCGGGGGAAGCUGGCCAUGAAACGCGGGCUGCGCUUCGCUCCGCUCGGGCUGGGGAUUAACGAGAGGGCGAGCAACCCGCUGUACUGGCAGAUCUCGCCGUUUCUCUCCCUUCAUCAUCAUCAUCACCACCACCCGCACUACAACGGAUCCUCGCCCGGCUUCCUGAACCAGGCGGCCGGCUACGGCUCGCUGCUGCCCGCCGUGGAGCAACUGAACAACGGGGAGCUGGGGCGCUCCAUCCUCGGCGGCUCCGCCGCGGGCGCGCUGGGUUUAACGAACACUUACGGCAUGAACACGUCUCCCGUGGGCCUGCUGUCCGGACAGACCGCCGGCUACUUCGUGUCGGGGAGCCAACACGCCGCUGCGGCGUCCGGCCCCCCCGGUGGAGGCCCCCCACCUCCGCCUCAUCCUGCGCAGCACCUCCAGCAGGGCGCACCGGCGUUCGGCGGGCUGUCGAGCAGCAGCUCCCCGCAGUCCCUGCUAUCGGACUCGCUGAGGACCAGCUCCCUACCGGCCUUCUCCCCGGGCAUGUCCGCGGGCUUCCCCGGGGUGCUGUCCCACCAAAAGAGGGUGACUCCUAACGCCUUCCUAAACUGAGCCUCCCCUUCUCCGGCAAAAAGGAGGACGCACGAGGAGGGACGUCACGUAAAAGGGAGAAGACGAUUGGGGGGGAGGGGGCAUCAUUUAUCGACUGCAAAACCAUACUUGCAGUUUUUUGGCCAUAUUCCGUCCGGAAGUGACGCGGGUUUAUCUGGAUUAUUUUUCUGCGCUUUGGACUUAAAAAAGGGAGAAACGUUUUGUUACCGCGGGUUGUACAACUGUAAACUAGACUUGCCAAAGGUAACACUAUAAGUAUAUUUCAAGCUAUUUAUAUCUUGUACAAAGAUUUUCAGGACUUUCUUCUAGUUGUUUAUUUAUGUUUUGUAUUUAUUGUACAAUGUAUUUAAUUUUUGCUCAGUGUGUUCUCUCAGUAUUAAGACAAGUCGUUUAAACUAAGACAAUCACAGGGUUGAUAACUAUUAUUUAUGAAUUUUGACUCAAUCAAAAGGAGGAAAAAAACAAGACCAUGAAAAAAAUGUUUUUAGUUUUAUUUUAUUUGAGAGGAAAGAACUUCAGAAAAAAGUUUGUGAGUAUAGGAAUAAUUAAAUGACGCCUUAAAAGCAGCAGGAAAAGAGUAAAUCAGGGUUUUUCAGGAAAAAAAGCCUACAAUUCAUAUCUUACUCAGGUUUAACCCCGAACAGGCCUAAUAAUAAUAAGAUGAUAUAAAUGAUGAUUAUGGUGACAAUCAAAGUCUUUCCGUGAAGAGUUUCCUUCCAAAAUGCGAAUAUCCAAUCAGAAGACGCCCCAGCCACACAAACAGCUCUUAUCUUUUUUGGAAAAGAACUCUUCCCGUGAAUUUUAUGCAAGUCUUUCUGUUUCCAACACUGUCCCUGACCCAUUUGUAUUCGUGAGCGUGCGGGUGUUCAGGCCUGUAGGCUGGGGAGAAACCCUCCUGCGCAUGUGCGCACACGCACCUACCCCACCGUCGGUUCAGAGAUGACACCUUUGCUGACCCGCUGAUCCGCUUCGGCAACUCGGAGAGGUUCCGGGUCCCCACGAAAACACAUUCGUACGUGUACACGCACAUGCAGUGCGCAAACAAGCGGCGCGCUUUCCCCGCAGCCUUCCUCUUUGGAUAUAAAGGAUACAUAAAAACGCAGUUUGCGCACUUUUUCCGGCUUUUCCGCCAAAAUAAAUGCAAAACUGAAACCGCCGCAGAUCUCUGAUCGCUGAAAUUGCACGACAAUCAAAAGCCUAGAAAAGUGUUGAAUCCGCUGCACUAUUUUGCAUUUUAUUUUAAUAUUAUUUCAUUUCUUCAGUGACAGAAAUGCAAGAAGCUUCAUGUUUCUUUAAAAAAAAACUUACAGCGCACUCAAAAUGACGAAACACUCACGUUUUUCUAAAAAAAUCAAUUAAAAACUUUCACAAUUUUUUUUUUCAUUUAACCUCAUUGAACUUUUUUAAUUUAACAAACUCCAUGGACUUAUUUUUCGUUGUGCCUAAAGCUCAAAGCAGGGAAAAAAUAAAAUAACACACAAAUAAACUAAAUAUUAAUGUAGACUCUAAUAAGCAUGUAAAACAAGUCCUUCGUUUUGACACUCCAAGUUGUCUGGAAAUACAAUUUAUUGAUUAAGAAUGCCAACUUAAAGUUGAACUUGUAGAAACAGUUGAAAAAAUCACACUAACAGUCAUUUAUAAACCAAUUUAGAUUUUUUUUAUUAACUUUUGUAUCAAUUGAAAGUUUUUCAAGCAUAACUUGUGGGUUUAAAAGAGGUAAGAAAAUAGGUUGAAAAGUAAGUGUUUUUGCAGGAACAUUUUUAAAAAGUGAAAAAUAUGUUUACGGAAAUUUUCCACUUGAAUCUCUGAAUCACUGCAGUAUCGAUCGGUGGGCAUUGAUCUCAUGUCAGCACAGUUCCAACGGGCUGACGGCCUCUGCUUCUGCAGACACUCUGCGCAUAAAAGCUUUAUAGGCAAUAAACAAACAAAAACAAAAAUAGUUCUGAUGAGAAAUACCUUCAGUGGUGGCAGGAGUGGAUCUUCUCCCUUAUUCUCACAUGAAUGAAAGGCCUUGGGCCUUUUGAUGGAGGUGACACGUAAUUGGGACUCACUGUUUUCUGAAUUAGGUUUUUCAAAAUAAAGUCCUGCAUCUGCCAAGUAACUGCCCCCCCCCCCCCCCGCAUCUCACACCUCCACACUCAAUCAGGAAGCUAACAAAAACAAGGUGAGCAGAUGUCAACAAAAUAAAAGCACAAGAAGCAGUGGGGCCUCAUGCGGUCAGGUUGUGCGUGUAUUUUCGUCCCCCCAUUUUAUGUUUGUACAAAAACAUUGCUUUGCAGAUUUGUUUGUUUUUAAUUUUUUGCACUUUUGUAGUUAGUGUUCACCCGUACGAAGUGUGUAACGUCUGUUCUGUUGCUGUUUGUUUGUUUUUCAGAGAAACUAAAAUUGAUUAAAAAGGAUGAAACCGGAAGCUGUUUCUGCCUGAUGAUGUGUUCAAAGCCCCUUAGGACGGCUCGGACAGAUGAAAAAAAAAAAAAAAAAAACUUGAAAUUUCAGGCCUUGAAA